AAAGGCAGUAGCCAAUCGUAGAGGUUUGGGGGUGGGAUUACUACUUCAGCAUUCAUUCUCCAAAGUCACACGUGAUCGGCUGUAGUUCCAGGCGGUUUGGGUCCAUCAGAGAGCGAAGGGACAAUGGAGCUGAAGGUGCGGCUGUGCGUGCUGCUGCUAGCGCUGAGCGUGUGCGUGACGCUCCAGGCGCGGGCUCACGAGGAGGACGAAGAGGAGGACGUGAACGUGGAAGACGACAUGGCCAACCUGGCAGAUGAAGAGAUGCUGGACGAAGAUGGAGAGGUCGAUGUCGAGGAGGAAGGGAAGCCGACACCCAUCGCCGCAGCACCUACCGUGACGUAUAAAGCCCCAGAGCCCAAGGGAGAGCACUUCUUUGCCGAGUCGUUCGAUAAAGGAACGCUGGACGGGUGGGUUGUGUCUCAGGCAAAGAAGGACAGCAUCGACGAGGAAAUCGCCAAGUACGAUGGUAAAUGGGAGGUUGAGGAGAUGAAAGAGACAAAGCUGCCUGGCGAUAAAGGCCUUGUGCUCAAGUCCAGAGCCAAACAUCACGCCAUCUCCGCUCUCCUGCUGCGACCUUUUACCUUCGACACCAAACCCCUCAUCGUCCAGUACGAGGUGAACUUCCAGAAUGGAAUCGACUGCGGCGGCGCCUACGUCAAACUGCUCUCUCAGAGCGCAGACCUCAACCUGGAUGAGUUUCUGGACAAGACCCCAUACACCAUCAUGUUCGGACCGGAUAAGUGCGGCGAGGACUACAAGCUUCACUUCAUCUUCCGGCACAAGAACCCCAAAACGGGCGAGUUCGAAGAAAAACACGCCAAAAAGCCCGAUGCAGACCUCCGCACAUACUUCACAGAUAAGAAAACCCACAUCUACUCGCUGGUGCUAAACCCAGACAACAGCUUCGAGAUACUGAUUGACCAGACGGUGGUGAACAGCGGAAACCUGCUGAGCGAUAUGACCCCCGCAGUAAACCCUACUUCUGAGAUCGAAGAUCCCGACGACCGCAAACCUGAGGACUGGGACGAGAGACCUAAGAUCCAGGACCCAGAUGCAGUCAAGCCUGAGGACUGGGAUGAGGAUGCUCCAGCUAAGAUCAGCGAUGAAGAUGCAGUGAAACCUGACGGCUGGCUGGAUGAUGAACUCGAGUACAUCGGAGACCCUGAUGCAGUCAAGCCAGAGGACUGGGAUGAGGAUAUGGAUGGUGAGUGGGAGGCACCCCAGGUCCCAAACCCCGCCUGUGAGUCCGCCCCAGGCUGUGGAAAAUGGGAGAGGCCUAUGAUUGACAACCCCAACUACAAGGGCAAGUGGAAGCCACCAAUGAUCGAUAAUCCCAACUAUCAGGGAGUUUGGAAACCCAGGAAGAUCCCCAAUCCCGACUACUUUGAGGAUCUGCACCCGUUCCGCAUGACCCCCGUCAGUGCCGUGGGUCUGGAGCUCUGGUCCAUGUCCUCAGAUAUCUUUUUCGACAACUUCUUCAUUACAUCGGACCGCAGUGUUGCUGAAAAGUGGGCUGAGGAUGGCUGGGGCCUGAAGAAAGCCGCAGAGGGAGCAGCCGAGCCUGGACUUGUUAAUCAGAUGAUGUCUGCAGCAGAAGAGAGACCCUGGCUCUGGGUGGUCUAUGUCCUGACAGUGGCUCUUCCCGUCAUCCUUAUCUUUGUGUUCUGCUGCACUGGAAAGAAGAAGCCAGCAACCUCUGCUGCUGAAUACAAGAAGACUGACGAGCCUCAGCCUGAUGUGAAGGAGGAAGAAGAAGAGGAAGAGGAGGAGGCCAAGGAUGAAGAGCCAGAGACGAAAGCCGAAGCAGAAGAAAGCCCUGCAGAAGCAGCUGCACCAGAAGAAGAGGAAGCAGAGAAACAGGAAGACAAAUCAGAUGAGAAGAAAGAGGACGACGUUCUGCGGAGGUCCCCAAGAAGCAGAGUGCGACCUAGAAAGGACUGAUGGACUUUUAGUGCAUCUGCUGAACUGCAGCCCCUCUUCUGUGUUUUCCCUUGUAUCUUGACUCCCUCCAUCCUUCCCUUCCUCACUCCUUCCCUCCCUCCAUCGCUCUCUCCUUUUACCCUUGUUCUGUCAGCCUCUGGUUUUCUGCUCCGACCUCACACGAGUGACGACUGAGAGAAAGCAAACAAAGCGGUCCGGCGAAAACUGACGGACGGGAAGAGCAGGAUGAUGACUAUGAUAACGACAAGCAUACAUAGAGUAGUUCUUUUUGUUUUUGUUUUUUGUUUUGUUUUACUAAAAAGUAAAGAAAGAAACAUGAUCAUUCCUUAAAUGUGCUAAUGCUAAAGUAAAUCCCCCCUCUCUAUCUUUUUCCCAGCUUUCUCUCUCUCUUUCUCUUAUUCACUCACACUCUCUCUCACACACACACACACACACACACACACAUACACACACACACACAGUGCUGGCCUCCAGCUGGCAUCUUGCUACACCUCUGGCUAGCGUAAUUCAGAGAAGGUGUCAGAAUGUGGCAACACUACAGCACCAUGCGUCACACUCGGAUUUUAAGCAGACAGGCUCAUCGAUCUGAAUGCGAACAAGAAGACCUCAGACGUUGCUCUUUUUUUCCGGAAAGGUGGAUGGGAAAAAAAGGAAGGCCGAUGGCACGUGACCUUCAAGUCUUUCCCCGGAACCAUCUACUCAGUUUUUAUGAUUGGUUUCUUUAUGCCAACAGAGCCAUCUUUUCUCAAAUUCCACCAAGUUCUUUUAUUUUUGGAUCGGUUCUUGCCAUGAGCUAGAGAAACCCCCUUUGUACUUGCACUGUUGAGAUUGGGUGGAAGUGGGCACCCGUUAGGCUUUAGGUUCUAGCACACAGCUGUAGAACGCAUUUCGCUCGUUUAUUUUGUGAAUGUACGGUGAGUUCUGUUUUUUUUUUUUUACUCCAUUCUCUUGUUUACUAAUAUCUCUGGGGGGUUUUUUCCCAUCACCUGAAUAUGCUUUGUACUUUUCAUACUUUUUUCCCAAUUAUAUCUGAGGCUAAGAGAAGGAGACGAACAAUUCAACUGAGCUGGCCAGCAGUGUAGGAGUUGUAGUUUGAGAUGAGCAAACAAGACAGAGUAUUUCCAUGCUGCCCAUGUGCUUGCCCAUGGUGAAUCAUAAGUGUAUCUGUGCCACCUCUUUCAUUCUUCCACCGGUGCGUUAAGCCAGAUAUCGAACCAUCUCUGAUGAGUGACUCAGCUCGCCUCACUUCCUGUGACCUCAUACAGUCAGAACAGCAGCUGCGGCAAUGCUUAAUUUUUUUUUUCUUCAAUAACAUUUUCAUUUUGAACAGUAGAGGAAGCGGAAAAGUGUAAACGCAAUCUGUACCCUCAAAUGAUUAACCCCAAAGACAUGAAAACGGCACUAUUGCAGCGCUGACAGAGCGCCACCUAAAGACUCCAUGAAGUUUUGAUUUUACUGACGUUGCUGAGCUCUAUUGAGAAUGUUGCUGCAACUGAAGUUCUGUCCCAAGCUUAUAAAGAGCUGGCACUUUUAAUGUAAAGGAGUCUACCAUUCACUUUCACAAUUCCCAUAUCGUGCUGCACUGCUGCUAUUCUAACGGUCUCUCGCUCACUCGCUCGCUCUCUCUCUCGCUCUCACUCAACCUCAACCUGUUUUGUCCAAUUGUCCUUUUUUAUUUUUAUUUGUUUUUGUGUAAUAGCCUGACAUGGAUAAAUGUGCAUACAUGGACUGAUUGAAUGAAUGAUACAACUUUCCUGGUUGCAUAUUGGGAUCAAGAGCUACAUGAGGUUGAGUGUAUAUUUCAAGGAAUAGUGUGGAAGUAGGACUGGGGGGUUCAAACAUGUUACUUACAAAACUAAAAUAAACAGAUCCUAUGAAAGACGCAUGUCUUUUCUCAA